AACGCCACUUGACUGUCACUUGAUUGUUUACGCGCCGAAAUGUGUUGAUUUGCGGUCAGUAACAGAUGUUCAUUAACUUAACUGUUUCCACUAUUUUCAUUUUUCUUACUUCCUUGGAUCUGCCAUGGCAAAUGGAUGUGUCCAAAUCUUCGGCUGCAUGUCAGCGUCUGCAGGACUUAUCUGCCUGAUGGUAGCAACUUAUGCGAGCGAAUGGAAAAUCCUCAGCCAUUCAACAGAGGGUAUGGUGAAGUCGGUGGUGGUCCGCGUCGGGCUGUGGAUGUCGUGCUCAAUGCCCGUCUCCAAGAGAUGGGAAUGCACUGUACAUGACUCAGUUCUUCACGUACCGCUGGAUAUCCAAGUGACCAGAGCCAUAAUGAUCAUCAGCAUCAUUCUAGCAGUGUGUGGCCUGGCAGUGGUUGUGCUGGGCAUGAAGUACACACUGUGCCUAGACAAAGACAAGCAUGUGAAAAACAAGGUGGCAUUUAUUGGAGGGAUCCUUAUCGUUUUGGCAGGAGUUUGUUCCUUGGGAAUAGUGUCUUGGUAUGCCCAUGCUGUGGUCAACACACAGAAACCCAGACCCUUCCUGGGCAAGUGCCUGUAUCUGGGUUGGGGUGGAGCAGUGCUGUGCCUCACGGGAGGGGUGCUCCUCUCAUGUUGUGGCCUGUCACAGUCCACCACACGCAGAAGCUACACAGCACGGCCGUCAGUCCAGUUGGCCUCCAGCAAGGUCUACGUGUAGGAAUCCUAUUGAAGAUCCGUAAAGCAAGCUGGUGCCAUGCCCUACAAACAAUGAAGGAUACUGUAAAGUGAGACCAUGGUGUCCUACCACCUCUCUGCAUGAGAUUCAAGCGCCGAGAUUAUCCAGCACCUGACUGAUGUGAAGGCUGAAAGAUGUGUCUAAAAUGAAGCCAUGUAGUUCAAAUAAUGAUUCAUAUGUGGAAUGAUUUAGGUGUACUUUUUUCUACUGAGAUUAUUUUUCUUCUAUCAAGGACUGCUCCUCCUUGAGUUACUAUCCUGAAAAAUAAGUCCCUUCCUCAACUUCUGUCUUUCUGUGAUGAUCCUUACAUCCACAGCCCAUCCAGUAUUUGACGAUGAGCAACCUGAGACGAAUAAAGGUAAUUGUGAUGACUGAUUAGGUGUGAAACUCAUAUUGUUGUAGCUGAAACAGCUCAUAGGGUCCUGAAAAUCAUCUGCAUCUUUGCAGAGUAUGCUUGCACUUUUUCCUGAUGUUUAUUAAUGAGUUGUUUUAGAAAUUGCUAUUUGUAUUAUGUAAAUAGAAUGGCUGGGUGAUGCAGUCUCAUGUCAGCCAGUGAUACUCUGCCACUAGGCCUGCUAAACUCGGAUAACACUUCUUCAAAAAACUGCACCAGAGCAUACAUUGUGCUGCAAUGAUGUGGUCAUCGUGCAGGUUUCCAUCCGAGACUCUGCCAUAUCUUGAUGAUUCAUACAAAGAAAAUGACUGACACUGAGUGGAACACACGCAAGGGACAACUAUUCAAACUACAGUAAUCGACAUAACACAAUGGGUAAAAGUGGAUAAAAACGCUAACACACGAUUGCACAGGCAAUUAUGCAUUUCAGGCAGAUUUCACAAAAUUACACAUCAACCAUUCUCAUAUUCACAAUGCACUUCGGAACAAUUGACCUUUCACACACUCACACAUUCACAUGCACAACCUCCCUGCACAAUACAUAGCCCCAGCCCCACCUGACUGGUCAAUUGUGUCCCCACUGACUUGGGAGAUAUUGUAGAUAAUGUCUCCCAAGUGCCGGGGAAGUUGCUGCUGACGUCGAGAGGGCUCCAUGUCCGGGUGAUAACCCAGUCAGUAGGAGUAGGACCGGAGCCAAGGAAGUGACAAGGUGAUUCCCUUCUGGGUGCCCUUGGGUUUGAGUCUGACCAAGGUCGUUCCAAUCCCACCCCGUCUCUCACUCCCACUUGCUUCCUGUCAUUCUUCACUAUCAUGUAUUAAAUAACAAACAUAAUAUCUCUUAAGUAUAAUGAAUGCUAUCCUAUGCACAAAGCAUUGUGGCACCAUGCAGGUGUUUCACAGCUAUUUUUGCUAGUUGUGGCCAGUGCAGUUAUCAUCAUCCCACCAGGCACACAAAUUGUCUUAAUGGCAAAUUAACCUUGGCACCGGGCAUGUCAAAACAAGGUGUGAUGAGGCGUAUGGUCACAAAUUGCUAUUUUGGUGCCACUAAAAUGCUGCUACAUUAGGCUAUAUUGCUUUUUUCAGGUUAUGUUUUCAGUUGUAACCCCUUGUCAGUCAGUACUGCAAAAU